CGUGUUCAUGGAAACAUCGUCGGGUCUGCCGUGAUGUGUUUACAAUGGGACUUCUGCUCCUGAACCUCUGCGCACAGCGUCUGCAAAUCAGGGCUGUACAAAGUCACUGUCAUCUUUAUGCAGGACUGAAAGCUGUCGUCUGUGAGGCGUGAGCGGUGUUUGUUUUUAACAUAGUUCACGGUGGAGAACAGCUGCUGACAUAAUGUGGAUCCGAAGAUCCAUAAUUGGCCUACCUGGGGUUGAAAGUGUUGAUAAAGGCACGGCGUUUUGGCGGGUAUGCCGGCUUCUGCGAGUGUGACGCUUAUUUUGAGCGAUCAAAAAAUAAUAGAAUGUAAUUUUAUAUUUCAAUAUCACAAUACUCUUCCAAUUUAGAACUACAAGUUAAAAAAGAACAUAAACAUAAAUAAAAUACACUUCAGCUAAAUACUUAAAAAACAAAUUUAUUUUCCCAAACCAGGCGGAGCCGUACUAUAAGGACUACAGAGCCGCAGGUUGCCGACCCCUGUACUAGUCGAUAUAUUGGGCUGCAGGGGCAUGAAAAGCAGAUGAGAGAACACACACUAAACACACAAACAGAGACGAGGAAACUGCACACAGGAGGAAGACACAGAUGAACCUAAUAACCAUGACGAGAGGGAGGAUGCAAACUGAAUACACUGACAUCAGACAUAGACCUUCCAGUUUUGGGCCGGCCCAUCUCAUAAUAUUCGUGCUUGUGUGAUUUGAAGGCUUUACCUUUUUCAUGAAGUGGUAUAAAAGUGUAUAUAAAAUAUCUAUGAAUCUUAUUACUUCUGUUCCUUCCAUGUUUUCCCAGAUGGGGUGUAACCUCCUUGGAAGUAACUUGCAUAUUCAUUUUGCAUGAAGAUGAAGAUGAGAAGUCAUUUCACAACAGUCGGACCAAAGGAGAAAGCAGGGAACAUACAAGAAUGGAAAAAGCUCUGUUCAUCAUAGCGGCAUCAGGCCUGUGUGCCGUCGCCUCAGAUGUUAAACAUUACUACCAGUUUGUUUAUGAGCUGAAGAACUGGACUGAAGCACUGAGUUACUGCAGAGACAAAUACACAGACCUGGCUACUGUAGAAGACUUUAAGGAUGUGCAGAUGCUGAACAGCACAGUAGAUUUAAGCAAAAUGACCACCAUGGAAUACGGCAAUCGAGCCUGGAUCGGGCUGUAUGAUGACGUGAACAGCUGGAGGUGGCCAAUGUCAGAAAACAGUGAGGCUGAGUUCAGAAACUGGUCACCUGGACAACCAGAUAACCGAUGGAUUAACGAAUAUUGCGUACGGAUGCUUGAUGGACUAUGGUUUGAUUCACCUUGUGUGAAUGUGUACAGAUUCGUCUGCUCUGAUAACAGAGGGUCGACUAGGACAUUUGUCUACAUUAACAAUCCAAUGUCAUGGGCGAACGCCCAGAGCUACUGCAGAGUUCAUUACACAGACCUGGCCAGUGUGAUGAACAUGACAGAGAACCAGAAGAUAGAUAACCUGGUACCUACAGGGCUAAUAGUGUGGAUUGGCCUUUUCAGAGAGUCCUGGAAGUGGACAGAUGGAAGUAAACCCUCAUAUAUAUAUUGGAAAACAAAUGAACCCAAUAACAAGAUUGGAGCAGAGUCUUGUGUGGCAGCAAACUUUGAAGACAAUGCAAAAUGGGAGGACUGGAAUUGUGACUCAAAGAAGGAAUUUGUUUGCAAUGUUGCACCUGUUUACAAGGAAGUAGUGAGAGUGAAUCUGAUAAACUCUGCUCUGGAUCUGACCCAACCUGAUGUGAUGGAAGCCAUGCUGAACCAGAUCCAACAGACGCUGAAGGAGCAGGGAGUAAAGGGAGACGUCAAACUGAGCUGGAGGAAGCAGUCAGAUGGAUCGGUCUUCUACAAGGACGAGGAAACGAAGAAGAGCAUCGUCUGAAAAUAGUUCAAGAAAUGUUGUUUUCUCCUUCGACCUUUCAAGUGCUAUUGUGCCAUAUUAUCAUAUUAUUCUACACUUUGUGUGAAUAUCUUCAUCCAAAUAAAACACAAAUCUAAUUUUGAUGUCUUUACAUAGUUUUAUUCUUACCUGUUAACAUUUAAAACACGGGACGUUUGCUGGGUAUUUGGUGACAGUACACUGUAAUUUUAAUACAUGCGGUUUUUCGCUGUUGCACUUUAAAGACAGCUGAGUAUUUGGUGCAGUAGAAACAGAAUUAGAAGCUGAUUGAGGCUGUAAAGAUGGCGCAUUCUUCACAAAAGCAGUUCAGCCCCACGCACGGGGUGAUCCGCGCUAACUUGCUAACAGAGAUUUGCCACGUUAGUGCGGUUAUGGCGUUAGCGUAAUUUUUUGAUUUUGUGUUUGGUGUAUUUAUUACUGUUA